CAUGAAACAUUUUACACCCCUCCCAGUUUGGAAACUAUUGUCCUUGAAUAUUUUGAAAAACACAAAUUCAUACGUACCUACACGUUGCAGAUUGUGGAGACGCGGCAACAGCAGCACAUCAUGUCUGAGAAGGAGAUCAUGGGCGAGGCAAAUUGCGAGUUCAUCGUCAAGUUGUUCAAGACUUUCAAAGACCGCAAAUACCUGUACAUGCUCAUGGAGGCAUGCCUUGGAGGCGAAUUAUGGACUAUCCUCAGAGACAAGGGUCACUUUGAUGACUCCACCACACGCUUCUACACAGCCUGUGUUGUGGAGGCGUUCGACUACCUGCACAGUCGCAACAUCAUUUACAGAGACCUCAAGCCAGAGAACCUUCUGCUUGAUGUGAAUGGAUAUGUCAAACUGGUUGAUUUUGGAUUUGCAAAGAAACUGCAGGUACAGUAAUUUUGUUGUCUCC